AUGUGCAUCCUUACACCAGAGUUUAUGUGCAUCCUUACACCAGAGUUUAUGUGCAUCCUUACACCAGAGUUUAUGUGCAUCCUUACACCAGAGUUUAUGUGCAUCCUUACACCAGAGUUUAUGUGCAUCCUUACACCAGAGUUUAUGUGCAUCCUUACACCAGAGUUUAUGUGCAUCCUUACACCAGAGUUUAUGUGCAUCCUUACACCAGAGUUUAUGUGCAUCCUUACACCAGAGUUUAUGUGCAUCCUUACACCAGAGUUUAUGUGCAUCCUUACACCAGAGUUUAUGUGCAUCCUUACACCAGAGUUUAUGUGCAUCCUUACACCAGAGUUUAUGUGCAUCCUUACACCAGAGUUUAUGUGCAUCCUUACACCAGAGUUUAUGUGCAUCCUUACACCAGAGUUUAUGUGCAUCCUUACACCAGAGUUUAUGUGCAUCCUUACACCAGAGUUUAUGUGCAUCCUUACACCAGAGACAACACCUCGGAGGCCAUUUUGCACCCACACCAAUACACCCAACCGUGAUGCUGCUGUUGAUCCCAUAAUGGUAUCACUGUACUGA